AACAUUAAUGGCGGGAACUACGUGUUGCAUCGGGCACCUGUUGCAACGAUGAUAUCGUUCAAAACCCUAUAUCAACCGAGCACACGUUCCGUCGAAGCAUCAAAAUCAUCUAGGAUGUUGUUCGAAAGAAAGAAACCGUUCCCUAUGAUGACCUUAAACAUAAAACUGUGCAAAUUGAUGGGGCUUUGGAACGAGACGAAUCUACCAAAGCCGUGCUGGCAAGCUGUGUUCUACGUAGCCUCCAUGAUUUGCCUGUACAUUCUGCCCGGCUUAAUCUUCAUAAUUCGACAGGAACACAAUAUUCAUAUACUGCGAGCUGUUCUGGAAUGCAUUGCAAUGACGGUGUAUACUCUACGCUUUAUUAAACAGGCGUUCCACCGAGAAGAGCUACAGAGUUGCUACAACGAAAUGCAAGAAGUGCUUACAGAUAUCAGCGAGAACAGGGACUCCGCUAUUCAGACACUAUUGAAACACCUACAGCGAUCGGCUCAAGUUCUGGUCAAAUAUUAUCUCAUUUCAAUAAUGUCUCAAUCGCUUUUGUACGGGCUUAUUCCGGCGCUGGCGAGUUUCAAUGCAGAUGAACUACCACCGACGGUACUGGAACAGGAUUUUCUACUAUUCGAUCAUCGCUCAAAUGUUUGGAUAUGGCUGGCAGUAUUGAUUUUGUGUCUCAUCCUCCAAUACGUUAUGCUAUUAUGUUUAACGAUCCAUGAUACCUUUUUCUGGAAUACUUUGCACCACAUAUCGUGUCUAUUUAAACUAGUUAAAAUGGAAAUUGCUCAACUCGAUGACUGCAAGGACGCUGAAGAUUUCAAAGAAAAACUGGCUACUAUAGUGCAUCAUCAUGAAGUUUGCUACAGAGCUGCUCGCGUCGUUGAACGAGCCCUUCAUCCGGUGUUGGCGAUGCUGUACUGUUUUUGCAUUUUUGGAAUGUGUAACAUAAUGUUUAUAAUUUACACGGUUGAUGAUUAUCUCCUAAUCGCGAUGGAGUCUUUUGUGCUGAACUAUACCACAUUUCUGAUUUUUUCUUUUUCGAUGCUAGGAACAGAGCUCAUGGAAUCCAGUUUGUCCGUUUCGGAAGCUAUCUACAAUACGCAGUGGUAUACCCGAUCGGUAAAUGAACAACGGCUUCUACUGUUCAUGCAGAUGAGAUCCCAAAGAGUGGUUGCGAUCAGUGCCGGAAAAUUCUUCAACAUUACUCGAGCCACAUUUGCAGGGGCCAUGCAGUCUGCCUUUUCGUACUUUACUAUCAUUCAACGUUUCUACGGCUAAUUAGUUUGGCGACGCUAAACUGAAACAGCAUGUUUUGAGAAAAUCCUUUUACAAUACAACAUUGAUAAAACACCUG